GGAGGGUUAGGCGGGGAAGCCACCCUUGGCCCUCUCGGCUCCCAUUACCUCCUCCAUCGCUCCCGCUCCCAGACCGGAGGGGGAGGACGAGGAAGAAGAAGAAGAAGAAAGAGAAGGGGGUGGGGGAACUGGAUGUAAAGAUCGGCUGCGGGGGAUGGUGGAAGAUUGUUGGUCUCUCCAGCAGCGUCUUUUGCGAAGCGGCGGCAGCGGGCGGAGAAGCGGCCCCAGCUCUGACUGCCGCAUGUUAAUCGCGGCCGCUCGGGUCCCUCGGCUGCUGCGGGAGCCAGAGCUCGACUCCGAAGUUGUGCAACUGUGGACCGCGGGAGGCAUUUGAACCCCCCUCUCUCCGGACUCGGGUCUGGAGCUCCUCGGUGUGUGCGGAGCCAGGACACGUCAAGGAAGACAAGCGUUUGGUUCUUCUUCUCCCCCCACCCCCUCUCCUUUUUUUUUUUUCUUCUUCCAUGGCUGUGUAGCAGAAGAAAGGGGUAAGGAGAGACUUUUUGUUGUUUCCUCGCCUGGGCUUCCCACCCUCCUGCUGCCUUCUCUGCGCUUGGGCUAUAUCCUUCUUUGCCGAGUGCGGUGGGGGCGACCUCGCUGGGGCCGGUCGGGCUGGUGCCCCGGGCUCCAUGGCUGGAUGGUGGAGACGGCACCCAGCUGCAGGUUGUUGAGCCGCUGAUGGGACGAUCUCAGGGACCCGCGGUUACGAAAGAAGUGUUUAAAUGUUCAGUAAAUUGGAGGAAAAAAACAUGGAUGUUUAACAACUGAAAACCACAUUAAGGAUUCGAAUUUGGGAUAUUGGUAUUUCUGUUUUGAGGAGUAUUUCUUUUUGGGUUUUUACUUUUUCUUUUUAAUCAUCGGUCUUGGAGUACAGAAGAGGAACCAGAAACACUUACAGUGAUUCACGUGUGAAACAUUCCCUCUUGAGGCACUCACGCCUGACUUCACCACCAUGUGGCCAUCACAGCUACUAGUCUUCAUGAUGCUUUUAGCACCCAUAGCCCAUGGUGGCAAGCACAUUGAGAGACAUCCAGCCCUCGCUGCUCCACUGCGACAUGCUGAGCGCAACCCAGGAGGCGCUCUCCCACCCAGACAUCUCCUCCAGCCGCCAACUGCAGAGCGCGCCACAGCUCAUCGCGGACCAGGGCCCCGUGGAGCUGCCAGAGGAGUUCGUGGUCCAGGUGCCCAAGGAGCUCAGAUCCCAGCCCAAGCUUUCAGCCGCGCCCCAAUCCCGAUGGCUGUGGUCCGCAGAGAGCUUUCCUGUGAGAGCUACCCCAUAGAGCUCCGCUGUCCGGGUACAGAUGUCAUCAUGAUUGAAAGUGCCAACUAUGGGAGGACUGAUGACAAAAUCUGUGACUCUGACCCUGCUCAGAUGGAGAAUAUACGAUGCUAUCUGCCAGAUGCCUAUAAGAUUAUGUCUCAAAGGUAG